AUGUCGAAACGCGUAGCAGUGGUUACUGGUUCAAAUAAAGGUAUUGGUUUUGCCAUUGUCAGAGCAUUGUGCAAGAACUUUGAUGGUGAUGUUGUGCUUACAGCUCGAAACCCUGAACUUGGUAAACAAGCAGUUUCAGAUUUGGAGAAAGAAAAUCUGCAUCCUAAAUUCCACCAGCUGGACAUAGAUGACCAUAACAGUGUUGUAAGAAUUCGUGACUUUCUGAAAGAAAACUAUGGAGGUCUGGACAUUCUUGUUAACAAUGCUGGCAUUGCAUACAAGCAAGCAUCCACUGUUCCAUUCGCUGAACAAGCUGAGGUAUCAACAAAGACAAACUUCUUCAACACAUUAAAUGUUUGUCAGGUUCUCUUCCCUUUGCUUCGGCCACAUGCUAGGGUUGUGAAUUUGUCCAGCUAUGGUUCUCAGAUGGCUUUAUCUAAGUGCUCCAAUGAAUACAAGGCUAAAUUUACUGAUCCUAAUCUCUCUAUGGAUGAGCUGAAAUCUAUCAUCAAAAAAUUUGUUGACUUGGCUAAAGACAACAAACACCAGCAGGCAGGUUUCCCUGACUCAGCUUACGGCAUGUCAAAGAUUGGUGUCACUGUCAUGUCAAUAAUUCAACAGAGAGAACUGGACAAGAAAGGCUGUCAAGAUAUUGUUGUCAAUGCUUGUUGUCCCGGUUACGUUGCCACUGAGAUGACCAGCUAUAAAGGAACUCUCACAGUUGACCAAGGAGCUGAAACACCUGUGUAUUGUGCUCUUCUACCUGCAAACAUUGACAGCCCCAGGGGACUUUUUAUCAGGGAGAAGAAAGUUUCUGAAUGGAAAGCAUGAAAAUCAAGUUCUCAAACUAGGACGUUUUUGUCAUACAAGGCUGAAAAAAUAAUUCUGUAAUUUUAAACUGUAAAUUAAAAUUUGUUUUAAUUAAGAUGAAGAUUGGCAAAAUACAUGACUAAUGAUAGUUCUCAUGCACUUUGACAGUGACAAAUAACAAAUUCACCUUGUAUGUUAAUAAAAUAUGUAUUCACUUUCCAGCUAAUGUCAGUAAUAAAGGUAAAAACUAUUGACAUUUGGAAACUUUAAAGAGACACUUUUUAAAGUUUCUGUUCACAAAAA